UCCAUCACUCUUUUUCUUUUCUUCAAAACCAAUCAUUCAAAGAACAAGACACCCACCACCGUCCCUACGAACACGUUACUCUCUCCUUUUUUUCCAUUAAAAAAAGGCUAAACAAAGCUCAAUGAUUCUUAUCUGUUUCCUUUGUUUUUCUAUAUAAAAUCAAGAACUUUAUUUCGGUUUUCAUCUCUAUUGCUUUCCUCUCUUUCUGGUGAAAAAGAGAGUGAACAAAAAUGGAGACGGUUAAGUGUUUUAUGAUUGUUUUGCUUCUGGGUUUCUACCACUUGUCCAUGGCUGCACCAUCGGGGAAGGAGAAGAGCCGCAGGAAGACUUACAUCGUGCACAUGGCUAAAUCCGAGAUGCCAACGAGUUUUCAGCACCACUCUCACUGGUAUGACUCGUCUUUGAAAUCCGUGUCCGGCUCUGCUAAAAUGCUUUAUACCUACGACAACGUUAUCCAUGGAUUCUCUACUCAGCUAACCUACGCAGAAGCUAAGCAACUCGAGAGCCAACCGGGGAUCCUUGCAGUUUUGCCCGAGUUAAGAUACGAGUUGCACACCACUCGUACACCUGAGUUUCUUGGACUCAGUAAAGCUGCUGAUUUGUUCCCCGAGUCUGACUCGGCGAGUGAAGUUGUCAUUGGUGUGUUAGAUACUGGUGUUUGGCCUGAAAGUAAGAGCUUCGUCGAUACAGGGCUUGGACCAAUACCAAGAAGCUGGAAAGGCGCGUGCGAAUCAGGCACCAAUUUCACCUUAUCGAAUUGCAAUAGAAAAUUGAUAGGCGCGAGGUACUUUGCUAGAGGGUAUGAGGCUGCCUUGGGUCCAAUCGAUGAGUCCAAGGAAUCUAAAUCACCUCGAGAUGAUGACGGACAUGGUACUCAUACGGCCUCCACGGCUGCAGGGUCGGUCGUCGAAGGAGCUAGCUUGUUCGGGUACGCCGAGGGGACGGCGCGUGGAAUGGCCACGCGCGCCAGAGUUGCGGUUUACAAGGUUUGUUGGACAGGUGGAUGUUUCAGUUCGGACAUCUUGGCUGCCAUGGAAAAGGCCAUUGAUGACAACGUUAAUGUACUAUCAAUGUCACUCGGUGGCGGCAUGUCGGAUUACUACAGGGACAGUGUUGCAAUCGGAGCUUUUGCUGCUAUGGAGAAGGGGAUUUUAGUUUCUUGCUCGGCCGGAAAUGCUGGUCCGAGUGCUUACAGUUUAUCAAACGUGGCUCCUUGGAUCACAACCGUCGGCGCCGGUACAUUGGAUCGUGAUUUCCCUUCUUUCGUUAGCCUCGGAAAUGGCAGAAACUACUCCGGUGUGUCGCUUUACCGAGGCAACCCCUUGCCUGGCAAAAUGCUGCCAUUUGUUUAUGCCGGUAAUGCCAGCAAUGCUACGAACGGGAAUUUGUGCAUGAUGGGUACUUUGAUACCAGAAAAGGUUGCCGGAAAAAUCGUUCUAUGUGAUCGCGGGGUGAAUGCCAGGGUUCAAAAGGGAGCUGUCGUAAAAGCAGCCGGUGGUUUAGGCAUGGUGUUGUCUAACACCGCCGCGAACGGUGAAGAGCUUGUAGCUGACGCACAUUUGCUUCCUGCAACCGCCGUGGGUCAAAAAUCCGGUGAUUCUAUAAAAGAUUACUUGUUUUCAAACCCUAACCCAACUGUUACAAUUAUCUUUGAAGGAACCAAAGUUGGUAUUGAGCCAUCACCGGUGGUGGCUGCUUUCAGUUCAAGAGGGCCUAAUUCCAUAACUCCCGACAUAUUGAAACCAGACAUGAUUGCUCCAGGGGUUAACAUUUUAGCAGGGUGGUCGGGCGCCGUAGGUCCAACGGGGUUAGCUACGGAUACCAGACGAGUGGAUUUCAACAUUAUCUCGGGAACCUCAAUGUCCUGCCCACAUGUUAGUGGCCUUGCAGGGUUUCUCAAGGCGGCUCACGCGGAUUGGAGCCCAGCAGCUAUAAGAUCAGCUCUCAUGACCACAGCUUACACAGAAUACAAAAACAAGCAGAAAAUGCAAGAUAUCGCUACCGGGAAACCAUCCACCCCGUUCGAUCACGGUGCUGGACAUGUGGAUCCUGUUUCAGCACUUAACCCGGGGCUUGUGUAUGAUUUAGCAGUGGAAGAUUAUCUGGGUUUCCUUUGUGCCUUAAACUACUCCGAGUUCCAAAUCAGAUCAUUGGCAAGGAGGAAUUUCUCAUGUGAUGCGAGUAAGAGAUACAGAGUUACUGAUCUUAACUACCCUUCGUUUGCUGUCAACUUCGAUUCAGUCACGGGUGGCUCGACUGUGGUUAAACACACUAGAACCCUCACAAAUGUGGGGUCGCCAGGGACUUACAAGGUGUGGAUGUCACCGGAAAGUGAAACUCCGGGUGUUAAGAUAUCAGUUGAGCCAGAGAGUUUGAGUUUCAGCCAAGCAAACGAGAAGAAAUCAUAUACAGUGACGUUCAGCGGUAGUUCACAGCCAAGCAAUAGGAACAGCUUCGGUCGUUUGGAAUGGUCUGAUGGGAAGCAUAUUGUGGGCAGUCCUAUUGCAAUAAGCUGGAGUUGAUAGGGAGAAUAAAGGGGAUAGGUUUAAUUGGCUCACUCGAAAGAAACAGGGGUAGUUCAACUGUCUAGUGGCCUGCAUAACCAGCUAAAAAUGGAAAGCUCGCUCUAAGUGUUUGAUGUUCUUCUGUGUGAGAGAAGGUGAAAACCAGGAAAUUUGAGUGGUUUUUGCUUUUUCUUUCUUCAUAUACUGUUAUGAAUAUCCUUUAAUUGUG